AUGAGACUAUAUGGCUCUUCAACCCCCGAUAAGCUUGGCGCAGUGAUAUCGAAGACUUUCCGAAUCAAACUUUGUUAUGCUAAUGAGGCUAAAUCUUGGAGUGAUGAGUACCUUAUGCACCACCGUCUGGCGCCUUCUAGUGGUGAUCCUGACCUGGAUGAAUGGGCAAAAGAACGUAAACUUUAUCCUUGGGUCAGUAUAGCUGCGCCUAUUAAAAGACUCGACCCGGCAUUCGAAGGCUUACUUUUCUCAACGCUGAGCCUGCACAUUCGGACUCAGCAGCCGGUCCAUAUCCAUGGACUAUUUGCUAUUGCUCCAGACCGCGCACGUCUUAGUCUAGAUGACUCAGCGGUCAGCUGGAACAAAUUCAUGUUUCGUUCAUGCGUAGCCCCCGGGUGGACAGACCUGCUAGAGCAUCUCAACCUGGAGGAAACAAAUGAGCAAGCCUUCGCUCUUUGGCCUCGUACUGAUCUAACACCAAAGCAAGAGGACCUCUGGACCGAGCUUGACCAGCUGAUGCUCAAUAUCAUUGUCCGUGAUCAGCGAGCAGUCUGGGAGUCUUUGAUUGGCGAAUGUCUUACAUUCGGUGAUGCACUCUUCAUUGUGAAUGCCAGCGAAAGCACGAAUUAUUGCGAAGCUUGGAAGGUAGCUGAAACUCCUGGUGUUGUGCUCAAGCAGACACUAUUCAACAAGCUAUCAAUUCAAGCAAGAAUUUGCGGACUGACUGUCAGAUGCUUAACUCCACAAUCGUUUCGCCAGUAUCUAAGUCAUCGUACGUCUGGCCCUCCGCUAUCUGCUCCUAGGAUACUCGAGUAUAGUCUGUUAGACGCAAUGAAAGACGACGGCACAGGUCCCAGAUUGAAGGAUGUCCGCAAAGAGCUCGGAACUACUCCAAUCUGGCCGAUGCUAAAUGGAGCCUUAGAGCCCUUUAAAGGUGAAGGAAAGACUCUUAUGCCCCACGACCAAGUCGAAAUGGACUUCUUUCGUUGUAGCAGGGCUUCGAUCACGCUGAAUCUAAGUUGUCUUACUCAAGAGGUCUGUGAAUUCUUGCUGAAAGAUGCCAACAGCAAAUCCGUAUUUGCGCGACUCCGCACUCUGAAGGACCUAGCAACCGACUGGCCAACCAUUUUCAAACUAACAAAUGCGUCUAUAGAGCCCUACGAUGUGAGGUUGCGAGAUCUAGCUCAAGAUCUACAAAUAAAGGGUAUAUGGAAAUGGAUCUAUGAUCGUAGCGACUCACAUUGCAUUGGACAUGCGAAUUCUUUAGAAAAUCUAUGGUUGCUGCCUUUACAGCAAACCCGAAUUCGCCGCCUCAAGCCCCAGGGACACUCAAAUCCUACCUUGAUCCUAGCUGAAGGCGAUGCCUUCAAGCGACUUAUUGUUGAAGCUGCUCCUGGAAUCCUACCUACACUGAUCAACAUCAUUGAUAGCCACGCGAUAGGCAACAACGCAAUCAAGCUUUUGAAGCAGGUCGCCUUGGACUUUCCAGCGCUGCGUCUAGCCACUGAGAAGACGCUUGAGCCUCUUAUUGCUUGGCUUGUAAGCUCAAAAGACCUGUUACGGAGCAUGUCAGAUUACCAUCGGCAGCGACUAUUGGCCCAUGUCGCUAGUCUCGUCCUCUCCGUCGACGCAAAGAAAGUAUUUCCCCUAAUCAAGGACCAGAUCAAAUCAUUGCCAAUUUUUAGCAAGUGCACAUCGCAGGUGUCCUGUGAGAAAUGGCAAAUCACCAAGGCUUGUAUUGAUUUGACCAGAUCCGUAUCAUUUGCUUUACCACCUGGCCUCCCACCCUUGCCUGAGAUCCCAGGUGUGAGUCUGUAUGAUAUGUCAGACGAUAGCGAGCGACUCAUUGUUUCUAAGCUCAGCCUCAUUAAACUCGACGCCAUUGAGACCCUAUUGGAUGGCUUCUUGCUACCAUGGGUAUUUAAAGAGCAGACCAUCGAGUCAAAGAAGGCUAGGUCUGACUUAAUCAACUGGCUUUUCAACAUGGUCCAGACUGAUCGAAACCCGACUUGGAAGAGGAUAAUCACCAACCGAUCCCUUGUACCUGUAAUACAAGGAAAUGGCAUCCAGCAACAUGCCCGCCCAAUGACCCUCGUCGAUCCGAUUUCAACAUUUUCGAGGCUUUUCUUUGAUGACGAAGGUGUCUUUCCAGACAAGAGAUUCUUCGGAACGCACGCUGAAGCGCUGCGCUUGUGUGGCAUGAGACCUGAGAUUUACGAUGGUCCAUUUCUGUUGAACCGAGCACUAUCAUAUUCGAAACGAACGGCUAACGAAGAGCUCGUUGAAAAGGUCAGACUUCUGCUAUUGUCAGAAGUCAGUAGGGGCCUUGAUGAAAUCAACGUCCAAGACUUACGUGGCCUAAAGUGGAUUCCAGCCGACAGUCCGAACGGUCAGGUCGAACUCUAUGCGCCUUCAAGCUGCCGCGGAAUAGGUCAUGAUCACCUCGUAGACAAAGUCUGGGGGACCACAAAUCUCUUGCCAAAUCCUUUCUGGAAACAAUUGCUGGGUUGGAAUGACGACAUUCCCCACCAGGUUCUAUUGCAACAGCUUGACCUCUGUGUUCAACAGCGUGAUCAUGCGAGAGUUAAUAUACUGCUCACGCAUAUCGCUCCACGACAUUUUUCGCUUUUGUCCUCAAAAAAGUGUAUUUUGGGUUCACACGGGCAAUACUUGAUUCCUAAAGCGGUGUCUACGCCCGGCAAAAGCCUCAUUGGGAUGUCAUUGGAGCCAUGGCUGGAUCGUGUUGAUCCUCUGUUUGUGCAUACCCAUGGUAGACUUCUCUCGGCCCUUGGUGUCCAGAGCGAGCCAUGUAUUCAGGAUUUGCAGGGUGUACAAAAGUCGCUUCAAGAUUCUUGCCCGAGCUCAUUAGAUGAUUCAGAUCUUUCGCUAUGUAUCGCAGUCCUAGAAGUCGCUCGAAACAUUGGAUGUGGAUCGGCAGACCUUCUCAUUCCUGACACCACUGGUAUUCUGAGAGAAAAAAACGACGUAGUACAUAAUGAGGGCUUCUUGACUGAAAAAUUCAAUGAUUUCCACUUCACACAUCCUCGAAUCUCUUCAGACCUAAUAAACGGUCUGCAGAUUGAGAGCUGCUGGGAGCGUGCUCUCAGGCUGCAGAUUGAAUUCGACGAAGGUGACGCAGAUGAAUUUACCCCCAAAGAGGAUCUUAAGAACACUAUCUACGAUACACUUUCGCGAUAUCCUGUCGUCACAGCUUUUAAUGAAUUUCUUGCCAAUGCUGACGAUGCGGGAGCAGAACAUAUCUCUUGGACUGUUGAUGAGCGCUACCAUUCGUUUUCACCGUCCGCGAGCACCCUUGAUAAAGAACUCUCAAUGCUUAAUGGACCGGCUUUGACAGUUUACAAUGACUCCGUCUUCGAUGAAAAGGAUUUUGAAGGCCUCAAGCAUAUUGGGGAGGGAGGUAAAGCUGACGACGCAAAUACAACGGGCAUGUUUGGACGGGGAGUCAUGUGUGCCUAUCAUUUUUGUGAUGUCGCCAUGCUUUUAUCAGGUGAUUCCUUCGUCAUUCUAGAUCCCCGGGAAAGACACCUUCCGCGAAGUCGCAGUAAGGGAAACAGACGAAAAGCAGGGAUUAAAAUUCCAAUAGCUACUGCGCGUCGGCUUGCGGCUCAGCAACUAUCGCUGUUUGAAGGAAUAUACGGCUAUUCUCAGGAGACAGACUACUUCAAUGGUACGAUCUGGCGUUUCGCUUUCCGAGGGGCUGGAAUGGAGACGCCGCUUACAGGUACCUUGGAGGUCAUGGACGUGAAGAAGGCCUCGAAAUUGGUGGACAGCUAUUUUGAAUCCGCACGCAACUCCUUGCUCUUUCUUCCAUCUAUCAAGACCAUCAAAGCCUAUCAUCAAGCAGACAGAACCCCCAAAUGCACUUGGACUGUUUCCACGUCCCGAGUUGCAGGCUCGGAUGCUGAGGUCUUUCAGAAUGUGACUACUACCGUCGUAAAGCAUGGCCAGAAGCCUGUUUACGACUUAUGGCGUAUCGGUCUCCAUGACAUUGAAAGUAGUCCAGCCGACGUGCCGAAGGUAGGCAAAGGGGCUACAAAAAUAACUGAGUGUGGUAUUGCCGCAUGCCUGCAGUUUGACCAGCAUUCAAAUCCUGGAUUCAAUGGAAAGUUCUUAGGAAACCACACUGUACGUCAUCACGUAUUCUGUAGGUUGCCUGUCGACCUGAGUGUAGAGCUACCUGUUUCCAUACAUGCAAGCUUUGCGAUUACCGGGGAUCGUAAGACCAUGUCGAUUUCUGACGACGACGAAGUGGCGAAGUGGAACUGUUGGCUUCUCAAGGACUGUCUUGCCACUUUUUACAUUGACUUUUUGAAAGACUUGGCCGCACGCUAUGGCUCAGACGCCUUCAAGUUUUGGCCUGCGAAGCCGCUUACAUUGACAGCAGCACCGAAGAGAACCAUAUCGAACGUUGUGUCGACUUCUUUCUGGGCUGAAGUAUUAACUCCGAGAUAUCGCUCUGAGCCGUUAUAUCCGUUGAAUGAAGACGGGCUCAGCGAGGACCAAUCCAAGACAAAUCUGAAGAGAGCAAUACCACGGGCUCGCAGGAGACUUCUAAAUGUUGUGAAUUCAGAGAAUGCUCAUUUCUAUCCUUCACCCCUACCAGUUUUGCAGCCCCUAUUCCACAAGCUUGGGCUUAACCUCGUCACGCCUCCCUUCCUACUAUGGAGGGAUAUCAAAUCCUCCGCUGCAGAUUUCAGUAUAGCUGAGAUAGGUCCCAAGUUCUUAAGCCAGCUUUUCCAGGACGAGAUGAAAGUAAAGGUUCUAGAAGACUACUUGCAGUCACUCCACACCGAGAGCGACCGAGAAAGAUUCUACGCCUCAUUCCUGGAAGUCAUCGUUCCUCUGACCAGUCAGAAGAACGUCAAAGACCUAGCGAUUCUAGAGAAAUGCAGAAUCUUGCCUCGUCCAACACUUACACUUCCUCUGGGCAAAUUAAGCUUUGAGAACGCGGAUUGCCCGCAUUUAAUGGCCACUGAGACUGAACAAAAAUUGUUUAGCUUCGCAGCAGACUGUUUUGUUCACACCCAGUUGUUCAAGAGCAAGCAGGAGCUAAAGGCGUUGUCGUCUACUGGGCAUAGAGAUCCUAUCGCAGAUAUCUGCCUCGCUGACGUCAAUAUCAGAGGGAUCGAAGCUCAAGACUUAUGUCUGCUUUUGAUGAGACCUGGUUCUCCGACUAGAAGUGCAGGCUCCUCCAAGAUUUACUUUCAGUGGUUAAUUGAGCUAUGGUCGUAUUUAAACUCCAGGUUUGACAUGACAAAUGCCGUAGAAUUCAUGCAAGAAGCCAGACUACUCGACCAACCAAUUUACAGGAUCACUCCUUCUGCCCAGGAUCAGUACAUUUCGCCGCGCACUUUCGAGAAUGGGGCAUACAUAGUUAGUCCUCUGGACGAGCAAGAGAGGCAAAUGUGCUCCAAUAUUCCCUCUACGGCGAUGGUCGACCGCAGUUGCCUACCAUCCUCGCUAGUGGCGAACGAAGGUGCAAUGGAUACUGUCCCUGGUUAUAGACGAUUUAUCAGAGCCCUAUCUAGAGCUUAUAGCAGUCCUCAUGACCUCUCAACGUUUCUCAACGCCGCAAUGACCCCAGCUUCACGUGACACUCUAAGACUGUUACUCGACAAGUACAUCAAGAGUAUCACUGAUACUGACCCGACAAAAAUCAGGCAAAGGAUUAUCCUGGCGCUUCCAAUAUGGCCGCGAGAGAUCGCACUCCAAAAUAAUCUCUCAUACCACUCGGCGUCAGGUGCCACUUUUUGCGAGCAUAAGCCCAUGUUCGUCCCGUGGAUGAAGAAAAAAGACGAUCUAGUCAAAUCGAGCGUUGUACGACGCCAUAAAGUGGUACUUUGCAAAUUAGGUGUACCUCUACUCUCUGUUCAAGACUUCUGGGCUCGGAUUAAGGAUGACAUGCCAUUACGUAUUGAAACUCCGAACGACAUGAAAUUGUUUCAAAGCCUCCUGACAACACUUUCUAUAAACUCCAUCAAGACGAAUGCCAGGAUUGCAGUCCGUGUGGACGGAUGCUUACUUCAGGCGAAAGCGCUUUACGACCACCAAGACGAGAUGUUUGCGAAUGCGUUCCAGAAUGAAAGAAACACGCAUUUUCUCCAUGAGGACUUACGAGAUCUUCGAUCCUUCUUCAUACAAAACGGUCUCCGGAGCCGAGAAGGAAACCGUACUAUUCAUCAUAGCCAUUUUAUAGAUAGUGCGCAAGCUGUAGAUCGACAGUGGAGGUCGGACCUGGACGUAGCUACGUAUGUCCGCACAGCAGGUUCAAUUACCUCCUAUCUUAAUUUUGAGAAACCAGAAUUCUUGGAUUGGCCCUCAACAAUUUGGAAGACCUUGGAGACCUUGCGAAUUUUCAAAGUCCGUGACUCGUCCUCUAUCGAACCUUCGUAUCGUCUUCAGCGGAUGAAAUCUCUAGCUGAAGAGGCGACCUUUUGUGCUUUGAAAGAUACAGUCAAGGCUGAGUAUACGCGCGUCUGUUGGAGCAGGGCAAAAUUCGUUACCUCUCCACCCGCACCUCAAGUCUACAAUCGAAUGUCUAAUCAUGGUCGACCAAGUCUUGAAAAAGUUUACCAGCAUCUCCACUACCUGGUCACUUUACAUGACUCUGUUCUUCAAAGCGAAGUAUCAGAAUAUCUGCAGGAUCUCCAGGCUUGCUAUAAAUGGCUGCAAGACGACGACAAUGCCAAGAAUCUGCCGGGCAUUCGGUCUGCAAAAAUCUGGUUCAACCUAGAUUCUACGGUAAUCAGUCAGAUACAAAGGUCUCAGCUAGCUCCUAGCUUGCUGCCCACACAUGUUCUCUGCCUUCAAGCCCCUUGCGACACACCAACUAUGAUAAGAACGAAGAAAUUUCUCGCUCCUUACGACGGCUUGCUCAUAACCUUAGGUUGCCCAUCAUUCUCGCAACCUCCCCCUCCGCCUCCACGUCCUAUCGAGGCAAAUGAGCGCUCGAUUUGGGGUUCUCUCAAUGAGCUGAGAAAGUCCAAGAUGCUUGUUGACGUAUAUAUGGAAGUAGAGGGGACACAGAUCGCAGCCCAUAAAGUGGUCCUUGCCGCCGCGUCUGACUUUUGCAAAGCUCAUUUUGCUACGCACUGGGGAAAACAUACGCCGGAUAGAUGCGUGGUUCCACUUAAAUUCGGCUUGCAGAAGCUCUCUACACUUUCUACGAUGAUUGAAUGGGCCUAUGGCACGGACUUCCUUGCCCCAGUCCUGAAGAGUUCUGAAGAUACCGACGAGAUCGCAGACCGUCUAGAUGAGAUACUUGAUGUACUCGAAUGCUCAAAUGCCUGGCAGAUGUUACGUCUGCGCGAUCAAGUCGAAGACUUUCUCACGGAGACUACCAAUGCGACAAUUUACCGGCGAGCGGAUAACGUGGACCACAUUCGGAAGAUAGCCGAGGAGGCGAAAGCAACGAGAUUAGUCGAGGAUUGUGACCGCUACAUUCAAAAGAACAAGGAUGGAAUGGAGAGGAUGAGAAAGGCGUGA